AUGGGUCCCUCUCUUCUGUGUCGACCAGAUCUUCAGUACAACUCUCCCCUCACGCUCUCUCCCCUCACGCUCUCUCCCCUCACGCUCUCUCCCCUCACGCUCUCUCCCCUCACGCUCUCUCCCCUCACGCUCUCUCCCCUCACGCUCUCUCCCCUCACGCUCUCUCCCCUCACGCUCUCUCCCCUCACGCUCUCUCCCCUCACGCUCUCUCCCCUCACGCUCUCUCCCCUCACGCUCUCUCCCCUCACGCUCUCUCCCCUCACGCUCUCUCCCCUCACGCUCUCUCCCCUCACGCUCUCUCCCCUCACGCUCUCUCCCCUCACGCUCUCUCCCCUCACGCUCUCUCCCCUCACGCUCUCUCCCCUCACGCUCUCUCCCCUCACGCUCUCUCCCCUCACGCUCUCUCCCCUCACGCUCUCUCCCCUCACGCUCUCUCCCCUCACGCUCUCUCCCCUCACGCUCUCUCCCCUCACGCUCUCUCCCCUCACGCUCUCUCCCCUCACGCUCUCUCCCCUCACGCUCUCUCCCCUCACGCUCUCUCCCCUCACGCUCUCUCCCCUCACGCUCUCUCCCCUCACGCUCUCUCCCCUCACGCUCUCUCCCCUCACGCUCUCUCCCCUCACGCUCUCUCCCCUCACGCUCUCUCCCCUCACGCUCUCUCCCCUCACGCUCUCUCCCCUCACGCUCUCUCCCCUCACGCUCUCUCCCCUCACGCUCUCUCCCCUCACGCUCUCUCCCCUCACGCUCUCUCCCCUCACGCUCUCUCCCCUCACGCUCUCUCCCCUCACGCUCUCUCCCCUCACGCUCUCUCCCCUCACGCUCUCUCCCCUCACGCUCUCUCCCCUCACGCUCUCUCCCCUCACGCUCUCUCCCCUCACGCUCUCUCCCCUCACGCUCUCUCCCCUCACGCUCUCUCCCCUCACGCUCUCUCCCCUCACGCUCUCUCCCCUCACGCUCUCUCCCCUCACGCUCUCUCCCCUCACGCUCUCUCCCCUCACGCUCUCUCCCCUCACGCUCUCUCCCCUCACGCUCUCUCCCCUCACGCUCUCUCCCCUCACGCUCUCUCCCCUCACGCUCUCUCCCCUCACGCUCUCUCCCCUCACGCUCUCUCCCCUCACGCUCUCUCCCCUCACGCUCUCUCCCCUCACUCUCCCGUCGUCGCUUCCCCCCUCUCCCUCGUCGCUUCCCCCCUCUCCCUCGUCGCUUCCCCCCUCUCCCUCGUCGCUUCCCCCCUCUCCCUCGUCGCUUCCCCCCUCUCCCUCGUCGCUUCCCCCCUCUCCCUCGUCGCUUCCCCCCUCUCCCUCGUCGCUUCCCCCCUCUCCCUCGUCGCUUCCCCCCUCUCCCUCGUCGCUUCCCCCCUCUCCCUCGUCGCUUCCCCCCUCUCCCUCGUCGCUUCCCCCCUCUCCCUCGUCGCUUCCCCCCUCUCCCUCGUCGCUUCCCCCCUCUCCCUCGUCGCUUCCCCCCUCUCCCUCGUCGCUUCCCCCCUCUCCCUCGUCGCUUCCCCCCUCUCCCUCGUCGCCUCCCCACUCUCUCGCAAUGCUCCGUUCCCCCUUCCCCGUGCAACGCCCUCCGCGUCUUGCUACUCUCCCUUCCCCGUGCCACGUCUUCGCAGCAAGUGAGGUGGGAGUGUCGCUCGGAGCACCUGCCGCCAACGCCAUGACUGCUGGCGGCGGCAGCGACUCGACUGGUAGAAGCGUGACCGGCGGUAGGGGCGCGAUCGCGAGAAAGGGGGUGCCGGUUUAUGUGGAGAGGCGUGGCAGCGACGCCAUUGGUAACACGGGCGCGGCGAGCGCCUCGAUCGGUAGGCCCGCGGCGCGCGAGACGGUUCCCGCGAAGGUGUGCGUGGGCUCGGUGGUGCUCGUCGGCUCUCUCGCGCAGCCCUCCAUCCCCGUCUACUUCGACCUUGCGCGCUGCGCGUCCGUGCCCGAAGUCGGGGGAACGACGAACGGGGGCGCGGUGGACGCGCUGAUAUGGUGGGACGUGUUUUCGGAGCGCACGGUGUGCAACGCGGUGCAGCUGUUUGCGUCGCCCGACUGCUCGGGUGCUGCGGCGGCGAAACACCUUUUCAACGGGUACAUGAGUGUCACCAAGAUAAGUCCAUCAGUGAAGUCCAUCCGCUGCGUGCUUGACAACAUCUGCAGCCGUGUCAAGUGCCCUCAACACUCCACGUGCAUCAAGACAAACGACAGGCAGGAGGUGGCAUGCCACCUCCCCUCUCACCUAGCCCUCCAGCGCCACUGCUAUGCUGUCACAGCACAACCCCUUGAUAAAUAA